CUUGCUUCGAGCGCAAAGCCUGCACGGAGACUUUUAAACAUGCAGCGGAAUGCCCUGAAUGGCCUUGAUGUAAUUGAGGAAGUAACAAAGCUAAAAUGUAGAUGUAAAUAACACCAAGAAAGAUUCAACAGGGGAAAAUAUCAUACCUCAAAGGAGUGCUUGCUGACUCUGUCAGUUAUUGCAAGGCAUCACAAUGUCUGAUAGUGUUCAGAAGAUUCUAGCUUCAUCACUGAGUUGUGUCCUACAGGAGACCAACAUCCUAGGUGACCAUGACAUUGAGCUGAAAGUUGCAGUCCAUGUAGAAGAAGACCAGAAACCAUCUUUUAUAGAUCUGAUCAAGACCGGGAUAAUUAAGUGCAGCAAUUUUGGUGUGGGUGUCAUCCAAAGGAAUGUCUGCAAUGGCUGUAGUUCAUGUGGAAAAGACCUCAUCUGCCUUGAUCGACAACUUGAGCUGGUGUUUAGUGUCAUGGAGAAACGGAAUCUCUGUCAAAACUGCAAUGCAAAGACACAGAAUACUCCAGAAAAAAGGAAACGUGGAAGACCAAGGAAGAAAUUAAAGCUGUCAGAGGAACAAAAUGGUAAUAGACAAAGUAUUGAUGUACCUGAGAAAGAACAAACGUUGAAGAGAACAUCUGAUCUGCCAAGGAAAGAAACAUUGGAUGGAUCAUCCAAUAUGCCCAAGAAAGUCGAAAUACCGCAUAUAUCGUCUGAUCUGCCUGAAAAAGUCGAAACACUAGAUAGAUCGCCUGAUCUGCCUGCGAAAGAUGAAACAUUGCAGAAGUCAUAUGACGCCCUGUUUUCACUUGACCAUUUACUGUUGAUGCCUAAGGUGGUACUUACAAGAAUUAGUGAUGUUGACGGAAAACGUUUUGAUGAAGGACCAAAACUUGAAACACCAGGCCCACCACAUGAAGUUGUGUCAACACCAUCUCUGAAAAGUGACACUGUAAAACAUGGAGAUGCGGCAUCCUUCUCUCCUCCGGUUCCAAGUUCUGCUCCUCCAAGUACCAUCAGGAGAUCAGCUCGAACCACCAAGAGCAGGUUCAGGAGGAAUUCUGCAGUGAAGAUUGAAAUGACACAGGAUACAAAAUCCUCUGGAAAUCUUGACACUGGUAAUCAGGCAGAACCUUCAGCUCACACACCAAAGGUCAGCAGCAAAACUGAAAAUCUUGAUGAAGCAAAUAAGGCAGAUGGGUCUGCAAGUACACCAAAGAUCAGUGGGAAAACUGUAAAUUUUGAUGCUGCUAAUCAGGCAGAACCUCCAGCUCACACACCAGAGGUUAUCAGCAGAACUGAAAAUCUUGAUGAUGCAAACAAGGAUGCAGAUCUAUCAGUUAGCACACAAAAGGCCUGUGGUGAAAAAGGAAAUUUUGACGCUGCUAAUCAGACUGAUCCAUCAGUAAUCAUGUCAAAGGUCAGUGGCAACUCUUACAAGGGUUUAGCUCCCUCAACCGGGAAAAGGCGGGGAAGAAAACCUAAAUAUAAACAUCAAGAGAGUCCACAAGCUUUGACACCAUUGAAGAGAAAGAAGAGAAACACUUUGGACGAAGAUAUUCUAGUUCAUUACGAAAGUGGAGAUGAGGCAAUUCUGGAUGAUUCAGUAAAGGAUCCAGAUUUCGACAUUUCAUCUGUGUCUGAAGAAAAGGGAGACCAUGACUUUAAGACAGUUUCUGAUGACAGGAGUGUUGUGCUGGAGACAACUAUCCUAAAGAAGACUCCAAACAAAGAAGUAAUAAAUGACAAAUCUAUGUCACCUGUUCAGCUCGAUCAUGCAGAUAAUGAAACAAGAAACUCAAACAGCAGAAGUCCAAACCCGACUGAAAUUGUACUAGUUCCUGUGCCAGUCACACCAGGAGGUUCAGCCGAAGUGCACCAAGAAGAAUAUGCUUGCAAUGUUUGCCAUAAAAGUUUCCCAUUAAAACGGUACCUUCUUCGACACAUUAACAAGGCAGGCUCUGAGUGUGUGCAGUGUGAUAUCUGUGCAGCUGGCUUCCAUAGUCAGGCUGAUGUUGAGCAACAUAAAUUAGCCCAUACAGGAGUUCACCCAUAUAUGUGUGAAGUAUGUCACAAAAGCUUCCCAAGUAUAGCAACAGCCAACAAACAUGUGAAAACUCACCUGGCUCCUCACGAAAGACCAUUUAUUUGUAUGAAAUGUGGGAAAGGUUUUACGGAGCAGCAUGCUCUUCGAGAGCAUGAAUACAUCCAUGCUGAACACCGUCCCUAUGCAUGUGACCAGUGUGAUUCCAAAUUUGCUGCCCGAUAUCUUCUUAAUGCACACAUGAAGUAUCACAGUACGAAAAAGUACCGAUGCUACACUUGCAACAGGACGUACAAGGUGUAUACAAGUCUCAUGGAACACAUCCAUGUCUAUAAAGACCACUACACUGAGGACACAGCAGAACCUAUUCAGAAAGCACCAAAAGCUCCCAAGUUGUUGUAUAAGAAAAAGGCAGAACUACGAGAGGAGAAGAAAAGGAGGACUUACCUUAAGCGAAAGGUUAAAGUUGAGAAAGCAAUGAGGGAGUCUAAGGGAUUGAAAAGCGAGGAUGCGAAUAUUGAUGCAGAUGCAAAUGCAAAUGAUUCUGCUGUUGAAAAAAUGACCAGCCUGACAUAAUUCACGGUGAGUUUGAGAAAGAGUGUCUAGAUCUUGUGGUUUGUAUGGAGGAUGGGGAUGGUGGUCAUCCAGACACAGAUAAUGGUGGAGGAGAGG